UGUCUAGGAGGGCGGUCGCGUCACGCUCGGUGCUUUCUUCGUCGCGCGAUUCGAGGCAGAGGUAUUAAAUACGUGUGCGUGUGUGCGCGCGCCAAGUCCGCGGCGGCCGGUCGAUGUGAGGAAGCGAAAACGCGGAGCGGACGGCGCAACGGAAGAUGACCGCGCGUCACCGUGUGAUUUGACAAGUGAGGAAGGAAGCGCUCGAUGGGGGCAGUGUCCCGUUGAAAAAUACCGUGGUGGUUAAUACCAGUGAACUCUGAGAUAUCGGGAUUCCGAGCCGUGGACCGUGGUUGGGAAUUAACGAGCGGAAGUAUCGGCGUAGCGAGGGAGGCGGGGACAACUACGACAGCGAGCACAACAGUGGCGGCGACAAGGGUGUGAGGCGACCAGAAAUCGGAGCGGACGAAGGAUGACGGGCGAGGAUGGGAAACGCGGCGGCGGCGCCGGCGAUGUUACCACCGAGGCGAACGUGAACACGAAUGUCACCAACAACGCCAACGUUAACGCCAACAUAAGUGUCAGCCAGCAGAACGGCGGCCCGGAAAAGGCACCCGUCGUCGGUGGCAGCAACGUGGAGACGUUACCUCGCGCCGGGAAGCAGACCGACCCUAGCACUUCGUUUUUACGGGCAGCUCGCGCUGGGCAACUCGAGAAGGUCUUGGAGUACUUGGAAUCUGGAGUAGACAUCAACUCUUCUAACGCUAAUGGUCUGAACGCUCUGCACUUGGCGGCUAAGGACGGCCACUUGGAAAUUGUGAAAGAGCUCCUAAAUCGUGGUGCGAUCGUGGACGCCGCUACCAAAAAGGGAAACACGGCGUUGCACAUAGCUUCUCUUGCUGGACAAGAGGAGGUUGUACAAUUGCUGGUACAAAAAGGUGCUUCUGUGAAUGCACAAUCGCAAAAUGGAUUCACGCCGUUGUACAUGGCUGCCCAGGAGAAUCAUGACUCCGUGGUCAAGUACCUCCUCAGCAAGAGUGCGAAUCAAACGUUGGCCACCGAGGACGGUUUCACUCCGUUGGCAGUAGCGAUGCAACAGGGUCACGACAAGGUAGUGGCCGUUCUACUAGAAAACGACACCCGUGGUAAAGUUCGACUACCCGCCCUACACAUCGCCGCUAAGAAAGACGACUGCAAGGCGGCUGCCCUACUUUUACAAAACGACCAUAAUCCCGAUAUAACAUCGAAAAGCGGCUUCACUCCGCUCCACAUAGCCGCACAUUAUGGUAACGACCGAAUCGCUUCCUUGCUUUACGACAGAGGCGCGGAUGUUAAUUUCGCGGCGAAGCACAAUAUCACGCCGAUACACGUAGCAGCGAAAUGGGGUAAGAUCAAGAUGGUCAAUCUCCUCAUGAGCAAGGGGGCCAACAUCGAGGCAAAAACGAGAGACGGCCUGACACCUCUGCAUUGCGCCGCAAGAUCCGGGCAUCACGAGGUGGUUGACAUUCUCAUCGAAAAGGGAGCACCCAUUGGCUCAAAAACGAAGAACGGUCUUGCGCCGUUACACAUGGCUUCUCAAGGGGAUCAUGUCGACGCCGCGAGGAUUUUGUUGUACCACCGUGCGCCCGUCGACGAGGUGACGGUGGACUAUCUGACCGCGCUGCACGUAGCCGCGCACUGCGGCCACGUACGCGUAGCCAAAUUACUUCUCGACAGAAACGCCGAUCCCAACGCACGGGCGCUCAACGGAUUCACCCCGCUUCAUAUCGCGUGUAAGAAGAAUCGCAUAAAGGUCGUCGAGCUCCUUUUGAAGCACAAAGCUAGCAUCGAAGCUACGACUGAGUCUGGAUUAACCCCGCUGCACGUGGCGAGUUUCAUGGGAUGUAUGAAUAUCGUGAUUUACUUGUUGCAACACGAAGCCAGUCCGGAUAUACCGACGGUGAGAGGCGAGACGCCGUUACACUUAGCUGCCAGGGCAAAUCAAACUGAUAUUAUUAGGAUACUUCUUAGAAACGGCGCCCAAGUCGACGCCAGAGCAAGAGAGGAGCAGACACCGCUUCACGUCGCUUCCCGCUUAGGUAACGUCGAUAUCGUGAUGUUGCUGCUGCAGCACGGCGCGGGCGUAGAUGCCACAACGAAGGAUUUGUACACUCCGCUUCAUAUCGCUGCUAAGGAAGGCCAGGAGGAGGUCGCAUCCGUUUUAUUAGAAAAUAGCGCGUCGCUCACCGCAACGACCAAGAAAGGAUUUACUCCCUUGCAUUUAGCGGCCAAGUACGGUAACAUGAAUGUGGCUCGAUUGCUGCUGCAAAAGAACGCACCUGUCGAUGCUCAAGGAAAGAACGGUGUAACGCCUCUCCAUGUAGCGUCUCACUACGAUCACCAGAACGUGGCUUUACUUUUACUCGAUAAAGGAGCCUCACCUCAUGCCAUGGCCAAGAACGGCCACACACCUUUACACAUCGCCGCACGCAAGAAUCAGAUGGACAUUGCGACUACCUUGCUGGAGUACGGAGCGAAAGCCAAUGCAGAAUCGAAGGCUGGCUUUACGCCGUUACAUCUGAGUGCACAAGAAGGCCACACUGAUAUGUCGACCCUUCUUAUCGAGCACAAAGCAGACACGAAUCACAAAGCGAAGAACGGCCUUACGCCUUUACAUUUAUGCGCACAAGAGGACAAAGUAAAUGUCGCCUCCAUUCUCGUGAAGAAUGGUGCUCAGAUCGACGCCAAGACCAAGGCUGGAUACACGCCACUACACGUGGCAUCCCACUUUGGUCAGGCAGCUAUGGUACGAUUCCUCCUGAGAUCUGGUGCUGCUGUCGACAGCAGCACCAAUGCUGGCUAUACUCCCCUUCAUCAAGCUGCUCAACAAGGACACACGCUUGUUAUUAAUCUACUGUUGGAAAGUAAAGCUAAACCGAAUGCUGUAACUAAUAACGGACAGACUGCCUUAGAUAUCGCACAAAAGCUCGGCUACAUAAGCGUCAUUGAAACAUUGAAAGUCGUCACCGAGACUGUUAUCACAACAACUCAUACCGUCACGAUCGAGGAAAAAUACAGAGUUCAAGCGCCUGAAUCCAUGCAGGAGACAUUCAUGAGCGACAGCGAGGACGAAGGAGGUGGUGAUGAAAUCAGCUCGGCAGCCAUGAAUGUGUACGGGCAGCCUCCGCACGCGCAACACGUGUACCUUCCUUCUUACUACCAGGGCCAAAUGACCUAUACCCGUGAGGAUCCAAUGCUCAGCGACCAACAGCAGUACCGAUACAUGAUUGUUGACGACAUGAAAUCCAUGGCAGACGACUCGACGUUGCGCAUGAACGUGACGGACGACGAAAGAGAUAAUCGACAUUCCGGAGCUCCAACCAUAACAGAGAUGAUUACGAAAGAGCAUUAUCAACGUACGCACGCGGCCAAUCUUAAGCCAGACAACGUAGACAUCCACAGGCAUCCUGUGCACGUCGGCGAGUCCCUAGAGUCCCUAUGCAACUCGCUGGCGGCCCUCAGUACCGCGCCGAAGGGACCAGGAAUGUGGAGGGACAGCUUCUUGGUUUCCUUUUUGGUGGACGCGAGAGGCGGUGCAAUGCGCGGAUGCAGGCACAGCGGUGUCCGGGUGAUUGUUCCACCGCGCAAAGCCGCGAUGCCUAUGCGUGUCACAUGCAGAUACUUGAGGAGGGACAAAUUGACCAAUCCACCACCGUUGAUGGAGGGAGAAGCAUUAGCUAGCCGCAUUCUCGAGUUGGGUCCUGUGGGUGCAAAAUUCUUAGGCCCUGUUAUUAUCGAGGUACCACACUUUGCGUCGCUACGCGGGAAAGAACGAGAGAUAGUGAUUCUGCGGUCGGACAACGGAGAGACUUGGCGCGAGCACACCUUGGAAGCCAGCGAGGAGGCUGUCCAGGAUGUGCUUAACGAGAGCUUUGAGGGAGAAGAGCUAAGCCAGCUGGAGGAUCUCCAGACGUCUCGUAUCGUGAGGAUACUCACUGUAGAUUUCCCACAUUACUUCGCGGUAGUAUCUCGCAUCAGACAAGAGGUACAUGCGGUUGGUCCCGAAGGUGGUACUGUAUCAUCGUCCGCUGUGCCGCAAGUGCAAGCUGUCUUCCCGCAAGCGGCUCUUACCAAGAAGAUCAGAGUCGGUCUACAGGCACAUCCUAUACCGGCGGAUCUCGUGGCUAAGUUACUCGGGAACAGAGUGGCCGUGUCGCCGAUUGUCACCGUGGAGCCGAGACGACGAAAGUUCCACAAGCCGAUAACUUUAACUAUCCCGGUGCCGCAGGCAGCCAAUAAAGGCAUGAUCAAUCAAUACUCCGGGGACGCACCGACACUGAGACUGCUGUGCAGCAUAACUGGAUUGAGUCAUUUAGGGGGUCAGACUCGGGCAGUCUGGGAGGACGUCACAGGCUCGACGCCGUUGACCUUCGUGAAAGAUUGCGUCUCCUUCACCACCACAGUUUCCGCCCGCUUCUGGUUGAUGGACUGCCGUAACAUCUCCGAGGCCACGAAAAUGGCCACGGAGCUGUACACGCACGCGACGCACGUGCCCUUUAUGGCUAAAUUUGUCGUGUUCGCGAAGCGAGUAGAUCCAUUAGAAGCGAGAUUACGUGUAUUCUGCAUGACGGAUGACAAAGAGGACAAAACUCUAGAACACCAGGAGCACUUCACGGAAGUCGCGAAAAGCAGAGACGUCGAGGUUCUAGAAGGAAAAACGCAGUACAUGGAAUUCUCGGGCAAUCUCGUGCCCGUCCUGAAAACGGGCGAGCAGCUGCAGCUACCAUUCAGAGCAUUCAAGGAGAACAGAGUCCCGUUCACUGCGAGGAUAAAGGACCCGGAUGCCGCGGAUAUGAUGGGCCGGAUCAUGUUUAUGAGCGAGCCGAAAGUCCCGCGGGGCGAGCUACCGCAGACGCCGAUCUGCACGCUAAAUAUAUUGCUGCCGGAGAAGAUCUCGCCGGAUACCGCGGUCUCCGAGCUCGAUUUGCUGGAGCUGUCGAAGAACUACAGCUUCCUGCGCGAUGGCGGGAUAAGCAGACCGGAUGCUAUACACAGAGCGACUAUCCGUUUAACAGAUAUCGCCAAUCUCUUGGAUAAGGACUGGGAAUCGCUAGCGGAGGAGCUGAACAUCCCGCCUACCGAUGUGGCCCUGAUCAAGCAAGAGUAUCCCGAUCAACCCGCGCAGCAAGCUGCUGCCAUGUUCAAACUCUGGCAGAGCAGCGAGAACAAAGCCACGGGAAAUACGCUAGAAAAGGCUCUGAAUAAGAUCGGUCGAGAGGAUAUAGUAAACAAAUGUAUCUUCAACGUCGAGCUAGUGACCGACGAUGUGGAAAAGGCUGUGGCAAGAGUCCGAUUGGAUCAGCCAGGCUUUGACUCAUUAAAAGAGGAAUUGGGGCCGUCGAGAAACACGUCACUUCGCCGUAAUACAACUAUGGAUCCUAAGAUGGACCCUGAUUACGAAGAGCCUGAUAGAAUGAAGGACUCUGAAUCAGUCGAGGAUCUCAGCGUCACCGGCAACGUACACGAUAAACCCAAAGAGCACGUCACUAUCACAAACGGCACUGUAUUCAACGGAACCUCGACCCCCAUCAAAGACAAAUACGCGAGCGACGAGAAAGAGCUCGGCGACAUGAUGGCUGAUUACCUUGAGCACAAAUGUCACGCGGCCGACAUGAUGAGCAAAAAAUCGCGCGACGAACUGGACGAUCCGGAGAAAAAACGCCAGAAAGCGAUCGCCGACGCCAACAAGAUAGUCUCUGGUGUAAUAGCAGACGCAGAGAAAGAGAAGGGGAAGUUAGCGAAGGAAGGGUGGUCGGUGGUUUAUGAUGAUGAUGCGCGGGACAGUAAAGAGGCGCGGGGUGCAAUAGGGCAGACCUUAAUUAACGUUCAAUUAGAUAAAGCGGCCACCGAGCCGAAAGGUAUAGUUCCCAAACCGGUUAUCGAGCAAGUACCGAGUGUCGAGCCUCCGAUGAUUAGGAAGCAUCGCGACGACAAGCCGGAUUCUAAAACUAGCACGACGAAAACUGUAGUUUCCGUUAGCGGUGAUCCGAAAGUAGGUCAGACGGUAGUUACUAAAACCACGGUAAUCAAACAGUUCGAUCGUUCGUCUCCGACCAAGACCGUGAUCACGAAGGAAACGAUUGUUUCCCCAGAUAAAAAAGAUAUCGUUAGCGAAAAGGAGAAACUGUCCAAAGAGGGUAAGGAAGUCGACGAGAAGUUGACUCGGGGUGCGAUACCCACGGAUACGAGCGUAGCACAGAAAACAGUAAAAACUGAAAUCGUAACUCGAACUGAACAGAAAAAAUCAGAAGUUAAAGCUCCCACGGACAAGGAGAAGGGAAAAGAAAAGGAUAAAGGCAAAGAAAAAGACAAGGACAUCACUGUGAAACACACGGACAAGGGAAGAGAAAAAGAUAAAAGCAAAGAAAAAGACAAGGAUAAAGAAAAGGAUAAGGACAUCACUGUGAAACCCACGGACAAGGACAAGGGAAAAGAAAAAGGCAAAGAAAAAGACAAGGAUAAAGAGAAGGAUAAGAACAUCACUGUGAAACCCACGGAUAAGGACAAGGGAAAAGAAAAAGGCAAAGAAAAAGACAAGGAUAAAGAGAAGGAUAAGGACAUCACUGUAAAACCAGCGAAGACAUCAGCUUAUGAAGACAUUUACAAUGUGCAGCAUCCGACAGACAGCACGGAAGAGAAAUCUGACGAAGAAGGCAAGAAAACGAAGAGUAGCAGAAUAUUCUCGGGUAUCUUCAAAGGUUCCAAGUUGAAGAGGGGUAAAAAAGGUUCGAAGGAUACGUCGUUCGAUAGCGGCGACGAAGAACCAAGGGUUGUCGUACCGAAAACCUCAGAGCAACAGCAUCCCUUCAGCCACACAAUAGAUCCGCAUGACAUUAGCAAAAAACUCGCGGACAUCAGUGCCGCUCAAGUGAAAACGGCUACCGCGGAAUUUUUGCAUGAUUGUAGACGAGUUGCCGCAGAUAUGCAUGUACCUUACGAAGAUGUUACUAAACCAACGGAGAGUGCAACGAAGGAGGAGAAGAAAACAGAGCCCACCGAGAGCGACGAUGAUGGCAAGGAUAAAACUGGUUUCUUUUCGAGUUUGUUUAAGAGUAAAUCUAAAAAGGACGAAGACGGAGCAGCUAUACCCGCAAUUCACGUCGACAAACCUAAAGAAAGCGCGGAGCAAAUUGCGAAGAAAGAGAAGAAGCGAUUGGCAGCGGUCGCGAAAGAAAACGAAGAAUUACUCGAGAUGCAAAUGAAGGAAAAAGAGAAAGAAGCCGAAGCGUCUAAAGUCACCGAGGUGCCCAGUACGAUCGAAAAAGAAGCCGAAAAAGCCGCGAAGAAUGGUGUGAAAGCUGUUGAAGAUGUCAAGAGCAUGGUAGUCGAGAAAACUGUAGAUGAACAGUCACAUGUCAAAGAUGGUGAGAAAGAGAAAGAGGAGGAUCAAACAAAGGAGAAGGGAGGCUUCUUUGGCAUCUUCAGGAGUCCAAAAUCUAAGGAGAAAAAAAUGGGCAAGUCAAAGGAAACAUCCUUUGACAGCGGCGACGAGGAGAUUAAGAUUGCGACAGAAAAGCUGUUGGAUGACACGCGAAAAGUUGCCGAUAUCAGUGUGUUACCAAUUGCAUAUAAGAGUGACGGUACAAAAACCAUCCCCGAAGAAGAGGUACGUGCAUUUGUCUCGACUACUCACUACGACGCCGAUGUUCCUGCGGACAAAAUCGGCAAAUCUUACGAUGUUGUACAAACUAAGACGACAAUCGUAGAGAAGACGAUUACUCGUGAGACGAUAAACGGGAAAGCGGAUGUCGAUACAGAGAAAGAUCAGAAAGGAGAAACGCGAGACGCCGAGAAAUCCAUUUCCGAAGUGAAAUCCGAGACACCGGAACAGAAAGUAUCCGAAACGGAGAAAGAGACGAGCGAUGACACCAAGGAAAAGAGCGGCGGUUUCUUUGGCAUGUUCAAGAGUCCGAAACUGAAGAGCAAGAAGAGGAGUAGAUCCCGAGAGCAGAGUUCCUCAAAGGAGACUUCGUUUGACAGCGGCGACGAAGAAGUCCGAUUGGCAACAGCGAAACUUUUGGAGGAUACAAGACAGAUGGCGGAAAGUCUGCAGCAAGGUCCUACUGAAAAAAUAACAGAGCAGCGAGAGACAGUCGCGAAGAGUCCACCUAUUAAGAGCGAAGAAAUUCAGAAAUCUGUUAUUCCCGAAGAUGAAACGAUCGAAAAAGAUAAGGGAGGUGGUAUUUUCGGUAUGUUCAGAAGUCCCAGGCAAGCGAGAAGCUCUAGAAGCAGGUCCAAGGAGAAGACUCCGUCGCUUGAAUUGCCAGAUACUGUCCACGAGGAUUUACGAGAAGCAACUGCGAAAUUCCUCGAGGAUACGCGAAACAUGGCGGCUAUCACUGGUGAAUCUACAGAACAACCGAAGGAUAAAAUCCCGGCUGAAAUAAAGCCUGAGGAAGAUGAUAAAUUAGCGACUGGAACAAAGAAAAUUGCGACUACGAUAGAAGAUGUUGGUAAAGCUGUUAAGGAUGGCAAAGAUGCGAUUGACAAAAAGGUAGAUGAUAAAUCACGCGACAUUGUCGAGAGUGCCGAGGCUACGAAGGACAAGGCAACCAAGGAAGCAAAGAAAAUGAAAGAAAAGGGAUCAGGAUUUUUAUCAGGAAUAUUUAAGGGCGCGAAACAUGCUGUAGAAGAAGUAUCUGAUGAUGUUAAAGAUUUCUUGGAUGAAACAAAGAAAGAAGCUGCCUUAGAGGAAGCGCGAGCAAAAGAAGCAGCAGCUGCUGGCUUAAAGGAUUUAGAACAGAAGAAAGAUAGUGCAGUUGCUGGCGCGAAAGACGCUGCUGAGAAAGCUGUGGUAGACGUUAAGGAUGCCAAAGAUAAAACAGUGUCUUCUGUAAAAGAGAAGAAGGAAAAAAUCACUCAUAAGAUCUCGAAAGACGUCGAGAAGACAGCAAAUCUCACAGAAGCUACCAGCGAAAAAGUUGCAACAGAUGUGAAGAAAGUCGGUGAGAAACUAGAAACUACUGCAAAAGAUGCUGCACAGGCCGGAAAGGAAAUGAAAGAAGCAGCUACUACGGCGAUAAAGGAAGAUGCUAAAGUUGUGAAAGAAAAGUUAUCGUCCGGUGCUGAAUCAGUUGCGGAUACCGCAGCAUCUGCUAAAGACAAAGCUGCAAAGGAAGCGAAGAAAGUUAAGGAAAAGGGAAGUGGUUUCUUCUCCGGCAUAUUCAAAGGCGCGAAACACGCAGCAGAAGAUGUGACUGAUGACGUAAAAGAAUUCUUAGACGAAACGAAGAAAGAAGCUGAAUUGGAAGAAGAACGAGUUAAGGAACAAGUUGCUGCUGAUGUGAAAGAUUUAAAGGAUAAAAAGGAUGCUGUUGUUACCGGAAUUCAAGAAACGGCAGACAAAGCUGUUACUGAUGUAAAAGAUGCGAAAGAUAAAACCGUAUCCGCUAUUAAAGACAAGAAAGAUAAAAUUGCAGAAGAAGUGUCCAAAGACGGUGAACAAAUUGCUGAUACGGCUAAAACUGCUGGUGAGAAAGUAGUAACAGAAACAAAAAAAGCUGAAGAGAAAAUAGAAGAAGCUGCUGCAGAUGUUGCGAAAGGCGUUAAAGAUACGAAAGAUGCAGCAGUUAAAGAAAUAAAAGAAGAUACGAAAGUAGUGAAAGAAAAAUUAGCUGCUGGUGCUGAUGCGGUUGCUGAGACUGCAGAAGGUACAAAAGAUAAGGCAAAGAAAGAAGCGAAAAAAGCUAAAGAAAAAACAAGUGGAUUUUUCUCCGGCAUAUUUAAAGGAGCCAAACAUUCUGUAGAAGACGCGACUAGUGAUGUAAAAGAAUUCUUGGACGAAACGAAGAAAGAAGCUGAAUUGGAAGAAGAACGAGUUAAGGAACAAGUUGCUGCUGAUGUGAAAGAUUUAAAGGAUAAAAAGGAUGCUGUUGUUACCGGAAUUCAAGAAACGGCAGACAAAGCUGUUACUGAUGUAAAAGAUGCGAAAGAUAAAACCGUAUCCGCUAUUAAAGACAAGAAAGAUAAAAUUGCAAAAGAAGUGUCCAAAGACGGUGAAAAAAUUGCUGAUACGGCUAAAACUGCUGGUGAGAAAGUAGUAACAGAAACGAAAAAAGCUGAAGAGAAAAUAGAAGAAGCUGCUGCAGAUGUUGCGAAAGGCGUUAAAGAUACGAAAGAUGCAGCAGUUAAAGAAAUAAAAGAAGAUACGAAAGUAGUGAAAGAAAAAUUAGCUGCUGGUGCUGAUGCGGUUGCUGAGACUGCAGAAGGUACAAAAGAUAAGGCAAAGAAAGAAGCGAAAAAAGCUAAAGAAAAAACAAGUGGAUUUUUCUCCGGCAUAUUCAAAGGAGCCAAACAUGCCGUAGAAGAUGCGACUGAUGAUGUAAAAGAAUUCUUGGACGAAACGAAGAAAGAAGCUGAGCAGGAAGAAGUACAUCUUAAGGAAAAAGUUGCUGCCGGUGUGAAAGAUUUAAAGGACAAAAAGGAUGCUGUCGUUACCGGAGUUCAAGAAACGGCAGACAAAGCUGUUACUGAUGUAAAAGAUGCAAAAGAGAAAACCGUAUCCGCUAUUAAAGACAAAAAAGAUAAAAUUGCAGAAGAAGCGUCCAAAGACGCUGAAAAAAUUGGUGAUACUGCUAAAGCUGCUGGUGAGAAAGUUGCAACUGAAACGAAAAAGAUUGGUGAGAAAAUAGAAGAAGCUGCUGCAGAUGUUGCGCAAGGUGUUAAAGACUCGAAAGAUGCAGCGGUUAAAGAAGUAAAGGAAGAUGCGAAAUUAGUCAAAGAAAAAUUAACCGCGGGUGCUGACGCUGCUGCAGAAGCUUCAGAUGUUGUUAAAGAUAAAGCAAAGAAAGCUAAAGAGAAAGGAAGCGGUUUCUUUUCCGGCAUUUUUAAAGGAGCGAAGCAUGCAGUAGAGGAGACAACCGGUGAUGUUAAGGAAUUUUUGGAUGACACGAAGAAAGAAGCUGAAUUGGAAGAAGCACGUGCUAAAGAAAAACUUGCGGCAAGUGUGAAAGAUUUGAAAGAUAAAAAGGAUGCUGUUGUUACCGGAGUGCACGAGACGGUAGACAAAGCUGUUACUGAUGUAAAAGAUGCGAAAGACAAAACUGUAUCCGCUAUUAAAGACAAGAAAGAUAAAAUUGCAGAAGAAGUGUCCAAAGACGCUGAAAAAAUUGGUGAUACUGCUAAAGCUGCUGGUGAGAAAGUCGCAGCUGAAACGAAAAAGAUUGAUGAGAAAAUAGAAGAAGCUGUUGCAGAUGUUGCGCAAGCUGCUAAAGAUACCAAAGAUGCAGCGGUUAAAGAAGUAAAGGAAGAUACGAAAUUAGUCAAAGAAAAAUUGACAGAAAGUGCUGAUGCGGUUGCUGAGACUGCAGAAAGUGCAAAAGAUAAGGCGAAGAAAGAAGCGAAAAAAGCUAAAGAAAAAACAAGUGGAUUUUUCUCCGGCAUAUUUAAAGGAGCCAAACAUUCUGUAGAAGACGCGACUAGUGAUAUAAAAGAAUUCUUGGACGAAACGAAGAAAGAAGCUGAAUUGGAAGAAGAACGAGUUAAGGAAAAAGUUGCUGCUGAUGUGAAAGAUUUAAAGGAUAAAAAGGAUGCUGUUGUUACCGGAGUUCAAGAAACAACAGACAAAGCUGUUACUGACGUAAAAGAUACAAAAGAUAAAACUGUAUCUGCUAUUAAAGACAAGAAAGACAAGAUUGUGGAGGAGGUUUCCAAAGACGUUCAAAAAGUCGCUGAUACCACUAAAGCUGCUGGUGAGAAAGUAGCAAAGAAAACGAAAAAAGCUGGAGAGAAAAUAGAGGCAGCUGCUGCAGAUAUUGCGCAAGGUGCUAAAGACACGAAAGAUGCAGCGAUUAAAGAAAUAAAAGAAGACACGAAAGUAGUGAAAGAAAAAUUAGCAGCGGGUGCUGAUGCUGCUGCAGAUACUGCAAGCACUGCGAAGGAUAAAGUAACGAAAGAAGCAAAGAAAGCUAAGGAAAAGACAAGUGGAUUCUUUUCUGGCAUAUUCAAGGGUGCAAAACACGCUGCUGAAGAUGUAUCUGAAGAUGUGAAAGAAUAUGUGAGCGAUACGAAAAAGGAAACAGCAGAAGAAUUGGAAGAUCUAAAACAUAAGAAGGAUGACAUAAUACAUAGUACAAAAGAUACCGCAGAGAAGACUAUCGAGGAUGUAAAAGAGGCCAAGGAUAAGACUGUUUCCGCUGUGAAAGAUACGAAAGACAGGAUUGUGGACACGACUGCUGAAAGCGUAGAAACGGCAACAGAUAAAUUGAAAACAGCUAGCGAUGAUGUAGUUACUAAAACUAAGGAAAUAGGCGAAAAAGUAGAAACCACCGCUGUAGAUGUUGGACGCAGCGUGAAAGAUGCUAAGGACGCAGUAAUUACAGAAGCGAAAGAAGAUGCUAAAGCUGUGAAAGAAAAAUUGGCUGCUGGUGUUGAAUCUGUCUCAGAAACAGCGGAGGCUACCAAAGACAAAGCAGCUAAGGAGGCGAAGAAAGCUAAAGAUAAAACUAGCGGCUUCCUUUCAGGAAUAUUUAGAGGAUCGAAACAUUCUGUAGAUAGCGCGACAGAUGAUAUAAAGGAAUUCUUAGAGGAAACAAGGAAGGAAGCGGCGAUAGAGCAAGCACGUGUCAAGGAGGCAGCGGAAGCGGAACUGAAAGAUCUAGAGCGCAAAAAGGACAGUGCUGUUGCCGAAGCGAAAGAAGCAAAAGAUCGUGCGUCCGAGAAAAUAACUGAUCAACUAGAAAAAACAGCUGAUGCAACUAAAACAACAGGUGAUACAAUAAUAACAGAUACGAAAAAAGUUGUUGGUGAUAUUGCACAAGACAUUGCAGAUACCAAGGAUGCUGUAGCAACAGAAGUAAAAAAAGAUGUGCAAACAACAAAAGAUAAAUUAAAGACAGGAGGUGAUGCUGUAGUAGAGAGUGGCACAACUACAAAAGACAAAGUAGCAAAGGAAACAAAAAAAGUUAAAGAGAAAGGUAGCGGUUUUCUUUCGGGAAUAUUUAAAAGUGCAAAGCACGCUGCAGAAGAAGUAUCUGAUGAUGUAAAGGCAUUUGUGGACGAAACGAAGAAAGAAGCUGAAUUGGAAGAAGCACAUGCUAAGGAAAAAGUUGCAGCAGGUAUGAAAGAUGUAAAAGAUACAAAGGAUGCUGUUGUUACUGGAGUUCAAGAUGUCACAGAAAAAGCUGUUACUGAUGUGAAAGAUGCAAAAGACAAAACUGUAUCCGCUAUUAAAGACAAGAAAGAUAAAAUUAGAGAAGAAGUUUCCAAGGAUGUUCAAAAAGUUGCCGAUACCACGAAAGCUGCUGGUGAGAAAGUAGUAACAGAAACGAAAAAAGCUGGAGAAAAAAUAGAAGAAGCUGCUGCAGAUGUUGCGCAAGCUGUUAAAGACACUAAAGAUGCAGCGAUUAAAGAAGUAAAGGAAGAUACGAAAUUAGUCAAAGAAAAAUUGGCCAUAGGUGCUGACGCGGUAGCUGAGACUGCAGAAGGUGCAAAAGAUAAGACGAAGAAAGAAGCGAAAAAAGCUAAAGAAAAAACAAGUGGAUUUUUCUCCGGCAUAUUCAAAGGAACCAAACAUGCCGUAGAAGAUGCGACUGACGAUGUAAAAGAAUUCUUGGACGAAACGAAGAAAGAAGCUGAGCUGGAAGAAGCACAUCUUAAGGAAAAAGUGUCUGCCGGGGUGAAAGAUUUAAAGGAUAAAAAGGAUGCUGUUGUUACCGGAGUUCAAGAAACGGCAGACAAAGCUGUUACUGACGUAAAAGAUGCGAAAGACAAAACCGUAUCCACUCUUAAAGACAAGAAAGACAAAAUUGUAGAAGAGGUUUCCAAGGAUAUCCAAAAAGUUGCUGAUACCACGAAAACUGCUGGUGACAAAGUAAUAACAGAAACGAAAAAAGUCGAGGAGAAAAUAGAAGCAAUUGCUGCAGAUGCUACGCAAGGCGUUAAAGACACGAAAGAUGCAGCAGUUAAAGAAGUAAAAGAAGACACAAAAUUAGUCAAAGAAAAAUUAGCAGCAGGCGCUGAUGCUGCUGCAGGUACUGCAAGCACUGUAAAGGAUAAAGCGACGAAAGAAACGAAGAAAGCUAAAGAGAAAACAAGUGGAUUCUUCUCCGGAAUAUUUAAAGGAGCCAAACAUUCUGUAGAAGACGCGUCUGACGAUGUAAAAGAAUUCUUGGAUGAAACGAAGAAGGAGGCUGAAUUGGAAGAAGCACGUAUUAAGGAAACAGUUGCCGCCGGUGUGAAAGAUGUAAAGGAUAAAAAGGAUGCUGUCGUUACUGGAAUUCAAGAUUCUGCUGACAAAGCUGUGACUAAGGCAAAAGAUGCGAAAGAUAAAACUGUAUCCGCUAUUAAAGACAAGAAAGAUAAAAUUGCAGAAGAAGUUUCUAAGGAUGCUCAAAAAGUUGAUGAUGCCACGGAAGCUGUUGGUGAGAAAGUAGUAACAGAAACAAAAAAAGCUGGAGAGAAAAUAGAAGAAGCUGCUGCAGAUGUUGCGAAAGGCGUUAAAGAUAUGAAAGAUGCAGCAGUUAAAGAAAUAAAAGAAGAUACGAAAGUAGUCAAAGAAAAAUUAGCCGCCGGUGCUGAUGCGGUUGCUGAGACUGCAGAAGGUACAAAAGAUAAGGCGAAGAAAGAAGCGAAAAAAGCUAAAGAAAAAACAAGUGGAUUUUUCUCCGGCAUAUUUAAAGGAGCCAAACAUUCUGUAGAAGACGCGACUAGUGAUGUAAAAGAAUUCUUGGACGAAACGAAGAAAGAAGCUGAAUUGGAAGAAGCACGUGCUAAGGAAAAAGUGUCUGCCGGUAUGAAAGAUUUAAAGGAUAAAAAGGAUGCUGUUGUUAGCGGAGUUCAAGAAGCUACAGACAAAGUUGUUACUGAUGUGAAAGAUGCCAAGGAGAAAACAAUAGCUGCCGCAAAAGAUAAGAAAGAGAAAGUUACGGACGAAAUUUCGAAAGAUGCUGAAAAAGCUGCUGAUGCUGCGAAAGCAGUUGGUGAGAAAGUCGCAGCUGAAACGAAGAAGAUUGGUGAGAAGAUAGAAAUAGCUGCAGCAGAUGUCGCCCAAGUUGCUAAAGACACGAAAGAUGCGGCGGUUAAAGAAGUAAAGGAAGAUACGAAAUUAGUCAAGGAAAAAUUGACAGCAGGUGCUGACUUUGCUACAGAUACUGCAAGCAGGGCAAAGGAUAAAGCGACGAAAGAAACGAAGAAAGCUAAAGAGAAAACAAGUGGAUUCUUCUCCGGAAUAUUUAAAGGAGCCAAACAUUCUGUAGAAGACGCGUCUGACGAUGUAAAAGAAUUCUUGGAUGAAACGAAGAAGGAGGCUGAAUUGGAAGAAGCACGUGCUAAAGAAAAAGUUGCUGCCGGUGUGAAAGAUUUAAAGGAUAAAAAGGAUGCUGUUGUUACCGGAGUUCAAGAAGCUACAGACAAAGCUGUUACUGACGUAAAAGAUGCAAAAGACAAAACUGUAGCCGCUGUUAAAGACAAGAAAGAUAAAAUUGCAGAAGAAGUGUCUAAAGACGCUGAAAAAAUUGCUGAUACCGCUAAAGCUGCUGGUGAGAAAGUUGCCGCUGAAACGAAAAAGGUUGGUGAGAAAAUAGAAGAAGCUACUGCAGAUGUUGCGCAAGCUGCUAAAGAUACCAAAGAUGCGGCGGUUAAAGAAGUAAAGGAAGAUACGAAAUUAGUCAAAGAAAAAUUGACAGAAAGUGCUGAUGCGGUUGCUGAGACUGCAGAAAGUGCAAAAGAUAAGGCGAAGAAAGAAGCGAAAAAAGCUAAAGAAAAAACAAGUGGAUUUUUCUCCGGCAUAUUUAAAGGAGCCAAACAUUCUGUAGAAGACGCGACUGGUGAUAUAAAAGAAUUCUUGGACGAAACGAAGAAAGAAGCUGAGCAGGAAGAGGCACGUAUUAAGGAAAAAGUUGCUGCUGAUGUGAAAGAUUUAAAAGAUAAAAAGGAUACUGUUGUUACCGGAAUUCAAGAAACGGCAGACAAAGCUGUUACUGAUAUAAAAGAUGCGAAAGAUAAAACUGUAUCCGCUAUUAAAGACAAGAAAGAUAAAAUUGCAGAAGAAGUGUCCAAAGACGGUGAAAAAAUUGCUGAUACGGCUAAAACUGCUGGUGAGAAAGUUGCCACUGAAACGAAAAAGAUUGGCGAGAAAAUAGAAGAAGCUGCUGCAGAUGUUGCACAAGUUGCUAAAGAUAUCAAAGAUGCGACGGUUAAAGAAGUAAAGGAAGAUACUAAAUUAGUCAAAGAAAAAGUAGCAGCGGGUGCUGCAGAAGCUACAGAUGUUGUUAAAGAUAAAGCGAAGAAAGCUAAAGACAAAGGAAGCGGUUUCUUUUCCGGCAUUUUUAAAGGAGCGAAGCAUGCAGUAGAAGAAACAACCGAUGAUGUUAAGGACUUUUUGGAUGAGACGAAGAAAGAAGCUGAAUUAGAAGAAGCGCGUGCUAAAGAAGCUGCUGCUGCGAAACUGAAAGAUAUAAAAGACAAAAAGGACAGUGCAGUUGCUGCUGGUAAGGAUGCUACGGAUAAAACAAUAUCUGAUAUAAAAGACACUAAAGAAAAAACAGUUUCUGCAAUAAAAGAUAAAAAGGAUGAAAUGGCGAAGAAAAUAUCCGAGGAUUCUCAAAAAGUAAUUGAAACCACGAAGGCGGAAGGUGAUAAAUUAGUGACGGAUGCGAAGGCAGUUGAAGAAAAAAUUGAAGGGAUUGCAAAAGAUUUCGCACAAGACAUUAAAACUACUAAGGAAAAAGCCAGUGAAGAAAUUAAAGCAGAUGUAAAAGUUGUAAAAGAAAAAUUAGUUUCGGGAGCUGAAGCUGUAGCAGAUGGUGCACAAACAGCCAAAGAAAAAGGAGUGAAAGAGGCAAAGAAAGUUAAAGAGAAGGGUUCUGGAUUUUUCUCGAAUAUAUUUAAAGGAGCAAAACAUACGGCUGAAGAUAUAUCUGAUGACGUCAAAGGGAGUGUGGACGAUAUCAAGAAAGAAGCUACUUCUGAAGGAGAACAUAUCAAGGAUAUCAAGGAAGCGACGGAAUCAGGACUGAAGAAGUUGAAAGACAAGAAAGAUAGUGCGAUCAGUAGCAUAAAGGAUACGAAAGAUGAAGCAAAAGCAGCUAUCAAAGAAUCAUCGGAAAAAAUGACAGAAAAAUUGUCUGAUAGUGUCGAUAAAACUGCUGAAAGUCUUAAAAAAGCAAGCGACAAAGUAGCGACUGACGUAAAGGAAACGACCGAAAAAACAAAAUCAGUGGGACGAGAUCUUGUAGACAGCAUUAAAGAUACAAAGGAUAAAAUCGCAAAGGAAGUUAAGGAAGAUGCGCAAAUAGUCAAGGAAAAAUUAACGGACGGAACGGAAGUCGUUACAGACAAGGCAGAAGCGGCAAAACACAAAGUCGCUAAAGAAGCAAAAAAGGCAAAAGAUAAGGGAUCCGGUUUUCUUUCUGGAAUGUUUAAAGGUGCGAAACAUAGUGCAGAAAGUGCAACUGAUGACAUGAACAAAUUUUUGGAUGAAAUGCGAAAGGAUGCAUCGUCGGAACACGAUCGUUUAAAAGAAGGUACAGUUGCAGAAUUGAAGCAUCUGGAACAUAAGAAGGAUAGUGUUGUUAGCAGCACGAAGGAUAUAGCGGAUCAAGCUGUUGCUGAAAUAAAAGAUGUCAAGGAUAAAACUGUCGCAACUGCAAAAGAUGCGAAGGAAAAAAUCACUAAAAAAGUAUCCGAAGAUAUUGCAAAAACUGCUGAUGCAGCCAAAGGUGCUAAAGACAAAGUAACAUCAGGAGUAAAAGAAGUUGCUGAGAAAGUAGAUUCAACGGCACAUGAUAUUGCACAAGGAGUUGCAGAUACAAAGGAUGCAGCUGUCAAAGAGGUGCAGGAUGAUGCGAAAGAGGUAAAAGAAAAAUUAGCAGCUGGAGUUGGAGCUGUAGCUCACGGCGCUGAGACUGCUAAGACUAAAGCAAGCAAAGAAGCGAAAAAAGCUAAAGAAAAAGGAUCUGGUUUUCUAUCGGGAAUAUUCAAAGGUGCCAAGCAUUCCAUUGAAAGUGCAACAGACGACGUUAAAGAAUUUUUGGACGAAACGAAACACGAAGCGGAAGUGGAAGAAGCUCGCGCUAAAGAAACUGCUGCAGCAGCUUUGAAGGAUUUGGAGCAUAAAAAGGAAGCUGUUGUUAGUAGUGCAAAAGAUACAGCUGAUCAAGCAGUUGCUGGAGUAAAAGAUGCCAAGGAUAAAACUGUCGCAACUGCAAAAGAUGCGAAGGAAAAAAUCACUAAAAAAGUAUCCGAAGAUAUUGAAAAAACUGCUGAUGCAGCCAAAGGUGCUAAAGACAAAGUAACAUCAGGAGUAAAAGGAGUCGCUGAGAAAGUAGAUUCAACGGCACAUGAUAUUGCACAAGGAGUUGCAGAUACAAAGGAUGCAGCUGUCAAAGAGGUGCAGGAUGAUGCGAAAAAAGUAAAAGAAAAAUUAGCAGCUGGAGUUGGAGCUGUAGCAGACGGUGCUGAGUCUGUGAAAACCAAAGCGACUAAAGAAGCAAAGAAAGCUAAAGAAAAAGGAUCUGGUUUUCUAUCGGGAAUAUUCAAAGGUGCCAAGCAUUCCAUUGAAAGUGCAACAGACGACGUUAAAGAAUUUUUGGACGAAACGAAACACGAAGCGGAAGUGGAAGAAGCUCGCGCUAAAGAAACUGCUGCAGCAGCUUUGAAGGAUUUGGAGCAUAAAAAGGAAGCUGUUGUUAGUAGUGCAAAAGAUACAGCUGAUCAAGCAGUUGUUGGAGUAAAAGAUGUCAAGGAUAAAACUGUCGCAGCUAUGAAAGAUACAAAGGAAAAAAUUACUAAAAAAGUAUCCGAAGACAUUGAAAAAACUGCUGAUGCAGCCAAAGGUGCUAAAGACAAAGUAACAUCAGGAGUAAAAGGAGUCGCUGAGAAAGUAGAUUCAACGGCACAUGAUAUUGCACAAGGAGUUGCAGAUACAAAGGAUGCAGCUGUCAAAGAGGUGCAGGAUGAUACGAAAAAAGUAAAAGAAAAAUUAGCAGCUGGAGUUGGAGCUGUAGCAGACGGUGCUGAGUCUGUGAAAACCAAAGCGACUAAAGAAGCAAAGAAAGCUAAAGAAAAAGGAUCUGGUUUUCUGUCGGGAAUAUUCAAAAGUGCCAAGCAUUCCAUUGAAAGUGCAACAGACGACGUUAAAGAAUUUUUGGAUGAAACGAAACACGAAGCGAAAGUGGAAGAAGCUCGUGCUAAAGAAGCUGCAGCAGCGACUCUGAAGGAUCUGGAGCAUAAAAAGGAAGCUGUUGUUAGUAGCGCAAAAGAUACCGCUGAUCAAGCAGUUGCUGGAGUAAAAGAUGCCAAGGAUAAAACUGUCGCAGCUGUGAAAGAUACAAAGGAAAAAAUCACUAAAAAAGUAUCCGAAGACAUUGAAAAAACUGCUGAUGCAGCCAAAGGUGCUAAAGACAAAGUAACAUCAGAAAUAAAAGGAGUCGCUGAGAAAGUAGAUUCAACGGCACAUGAUAUUGCACAAGGAGUUGCAGAUACAAAGGAUGCAGCUGUCAAAGAGGUGCAGGAUGAUACUAAAAAGGUAAAAGAAAAAUUAGCAGCUGGAGUUGGAGCUGUAGCAGACGGUGCUAAAAGUACUAAGAGUAAAGCAACCAAAGAAGCAAAGAAAGUUAAAGAAAAAGGAUCCGGUUUUCUGUCAGGAAUAGUUAAAGGCGCUAAGCACGCUGUCGGAAGUGCAAAGGAUGACGUCAAGGAAUUCCUGGAUGAAACAAAGCACGAGGCGGAAAUCGAAGAAGCUCGUGCAAAAGAAGCGACAGCGGCUGGAUUGAAAGAACUGGAACACAAAAAGGAUACUAUUGUUGCCACCGCAACGGACGUUAAGGAAGACAUAAUUACUGAUAUCAAGGAUACGAAAGAUAAAGCUGCUAAAGAAGUUAGCCAGAUCACAGAUGCAACAAAAUCUACAAUUGACAAGUUAGCCACUGAAACAAAAAAGGUCGGUGAAAAAAUAGAAUCGAAAGCCACAGACAUUGCGCAUGAUAUAAGCGAUGCUAAAGAUAGUCUCGAUAAAAGAAUAAAGAAAGAUACGAAAACUGUGAAAGAUAAGCUAGUAUCGAGUGCCGAUGGUAUCGCGGACGAUGCCAAAGUAGCCAAGGAUAAGCUUGUGAAAGAUACGAAAAAGGCAAAAGAUGAAGGCUCUCAUGUACUAUCGGGAGUUGCCGGGGGUGCGAAACACGCAGGAAAGAAAGUUUCUGAUGAUGUAAAAGACUUUUUAGAAACAACCAGGCAGGAAGCAGCAGCUGAAGAAGCAUCUGCUAAAGAAGCCACAGCAGCAAAGCGGAAGGAACUCGAGCAAGCAAAGGAUAAAGCGACCGGUGAAAUUAGGGCUACCACGGACAAAGUUGUGAAAAGCGCGAAAACCGCCAAGGAAAAGAGCCUGUCCAGCGUAAAAGAUGCGAAAGAUAAAACAAUCUCCACUGUAAAAACAGCAGGUGACAAAAUUGGACAAGGUGCAUCGCAAGUUGGCAGCAGGAUUAAGUCCACCAGUCAGGAUGUGACGCAGAAAGCUAAACGUGCCAAAGACGCCACAGCGAGUCAAGUAAAGGAAGAUUCACGUAUAGUGAAGGAGAAAUUGGCAACUGGCGCGGGCACCAUCGCGGACACUGCGAGGUCCGCCAAGGAGAAGACCGUGAAGGACGCUAAGAAGACCAAACAAACGACGAGCGGCUUUUUGUCAGGUGUGGCAAAGAGCGCUAAACAUGCAAUAGAAGAUGCAACAGGUGACGUGAAAGAGUUUAUGGAGGAGACCAAGCAAGAAACGGCCGCGGAAGAAGCCCGCACCAAAAGCGAUAUCGCUCAAGCUAAGGACAAAUCCACCAGAGUGGUGAGCGACGUGAAGCAGAAAUCCGUUGGUGCCGUCAAAGACACGAAGAAGAAGAUCACCCAGAAGGUGUCCAAACCCUCAAAGGACGCACAUGUAGCGCCUGCUUCCACGGGCGAAGUAUCGAGAAAGUUAUCGACUGAAACGCGGAAGCUUAGUGGAAAAGUAGGGUCCGGACUCGCGGGCGAGCGCGUACGGGAGGUAGUUGUUCGUAGAUCCGGGGUAGCCGGUAAACCGGAAACGUCGGACGACGUUGAGCAUUUAACCGAGUCAGUUAGGGUAAAAAAAGUCUCUCGCAUUCCACAAAAAAGGAUUAGUCCGGGUAAGGAGACAACCAGUGAUGUCACGCUGGACGCUUCAGGUUCACGUAGUAGAGUAGUAGAGACGGUAUCCACCACGAUAGGGCACCCCGAGCCUCGUACACGGCACUCCGUCACCACAGUCGUGACAAAGUCGUCUGUGCAAACGACCCCACCGCCACCCAGUUCACUCGCCGAGUUCACUGACAGUAGAACCGAAGACGUGACCGAGGAGGCUGCGAGACGUGCCCAAAAUCUGGCAGAACAGGCAUACACCUCGGCGAAAGCAGGGCAUGAUUCGGCUGAGAUUGAUGGGACUGUAGAGAGGCAUGCUACUUCUGCUCCGUCAAAGCAACCCGUUCCCGCCCCGCGUCACUCCACCACCAAGCCGUCUACCAAACCUGAGUUCCAUCUGGAGCUCAGAGACGUCCCGCGAACACGUAAAAUGGUAGCUGAACCGCCACUCAAGUCGCAGGAAGCGCAGUCGCCGAGCAAUGGCAGUCCGAAAAGUAAGAUACCCCUGAAGAUCGAUUCGUACGCGUCCAAACUGAACGAUGACUUUGGCAUUGUCACCACGAGAUCCAUCAUCGAAUCGGACGUUCCGCAACCGGUCUCACGAACCGUCAGAUACAUCACCAGAGAGUACACAGACGGGGAACUGAAGAAAGAGACCGUGGAGGAGAAUGUACCCCCAAAGAACGCGAUUCGCACGAUCGAACCGGGCGACGUAGCUGACAUCACGAUGAGGCGAGGGGAGAAGCCAGCCUCGUUGGAACAAGUACGACGAACCACGACCACAGUAGUGACCAGCGACCCGUCAGUCGAUCCCGAGAAGUUGGAGGAACUUCUCAAGACCGGCGGAGUCGUGGAAACGGUGAGAACCGUGACUUUGACGGCAGAGGACGGCGCCCUGCAGCCCAUGACGCGCGAGGAAGUCGUGAGGAGGAUAAACCAGGUCGCCAGCACGCUACCAAGCGAGAUUUUUGACUUUGGUGACAAGCUUCCAGAUUCAUCCACCACCACAGUGAGAACCGAUAGAUCAGAAGCUGACGGUGUCGUACAGACAGUUACAACUGUGCAACGCGUGACGAUGGAAGCGCCGGAGACGCAGAGGACCGAGAGGGUUGUAAGUACUGUAGUCUCCAGCGGCGGGGGCGGCGGCGGCGGCUAUGGUGAUGCGGAAUCCGCUCUAAAGAGCCUCCAGGAACGAUUGGCGAGAUCCGAGAUCGGCGAGACCGCUUCCUGGACGGCGGAUGAUCAUCAGUGGGAAACAAUGGCACAGGGCUCUCAAGACACGUCGCCCGGCUCCGGCGGUGCCGACGUGUUCGCCAACAGCAACAACAACCACAGCAACAAGAACGGUGGUAGCGCGAGGCACGAUGUGCACAGCGACACCGAUAGUGACGGUUCGCCGCAACCUAGAAGAAGAUCACCGAGCAAGAGGCGUACAUUGGGCAGUUCCAGCGGGUCGGAUGUAGCACUGCACGAAGGUGCGGAGCUGUCCCCGUUGGAGGACGACCAAGAAUCUGACUUUUUGCAACAUAGCGAGCCAUCCUACAUGGAAACGACAACGAUCGAGGUGGAUCCUGUCACGCAGGAAAGCAUAACGACAACCACGCGAACAGAAACGAGGACGGUAUCGUCCGUGGGAGCUAGUGGGUCGGACGAUUUGCGAGAAUCUAUGCAGAAGAUCAUGGACACGUUCAUGUCGGAAGAAAGAAAGGACCAUUAGGAGUAAUGCGCCGCUGCCCUUCGAACCCUUCGAAAGAAGAAGAGGAGAAGUCGUCGAGGGAUCUCGACGUUGAUUUUCUCGCGAUUCACGGAGAAAUUUUCUCACGAUCGACUGGUCUUCGGCGUGUCCUCGGACGUCGAAGGACGAGUCUUCGAUCACGUAGGGCCGGAGACACGAAGACGACGCGUCUAUCGCACGCGUCCCUUCUGAAACGACGCGCCGCCUCUCUGAAAGCCACACAAAAGCAUGCACACGAUGAUUUACUACCCACGCUCAUGGCCUACGCUUCGAAUUUGCUUGCCUUUCCGUUCCGCUCGGUUGCCUUACUUCUUUGUGUUCGGAAUCUCGCGAGCGAUGAUGAUGUGUCUAUGUAUGUCGUUGCUAGUCCGGCUAGCCGAUCCGCGCUAGUCUUCACUAUGCCAACCCGUCCAUGUACAACGCCUUUCUCAUGUUGUUCGAAGCGUUAAUGCGAAAUAAAAGAGAGAAAAGGGUGUAGACGGGGGAUGAUGGAAAAUGAAAAGAGAAGAUGAGGGGAAUGCAGCGGAAUGAGAUCAUCUCGAACGAAGCGAUCUGCCGAUAUCGAACGAAGCGAUCGUCUAGAUUAUUAUAUAAGAUUCUCGCGAGAAUAGUCCGUUUAAAGCUUUAGGAUGGUUGUAUAUCUCCCCCUAUCCGCGCAAUAUAUUAUACAUAUAUACAUAUACUGCUUAAAAUUAGGCCGGCAAUAUAUAAAUAUAUAAUGAAAUAUAUAUUCUACAUAUAUAUUUCAUUAGCAUUAUUCGACGAUGGAGACAAUUGACGAAGUUUCUGAAACGGGAAUAUGGAAAUUUCUUGUUGUUACUCGACUCAAAUCGCAAGUUCAGGCACAAUGGAAAGCGGCGGACUGCGUAGUGCCGAAUAUCGCGUGCACCGGUCGUGUCGAUUUGAUUAACAGUGAGAAAUAAAUGUUUUUAUGCAUCGGAACAUAAUGUAUAAAUUUAAAUUGUUUAAAGGAUAUUUCCUAACACAGUUUUUUUAAUUGUAUAUAUGAUAAUUUCUUAGCAUAACUUAUAUAUAAAUAUAUAUAAAUGUACUAUGGAUACGAUUGUAAUAAUUAUAAGAAACGCUAACAGGAAUAUUUUAUUUAUAUAGCGAGAUACAACCUACGGACGAACGUUAAUUUGUAAGCUGUGAGGAAUCAUGCUAACGGCGCGAGGCAAUGUAAACUAAACAGCAAUUAAUGAUGUAGAGCGCAUUAUGUUGCCCGAGACUUUGAUUCGGAUCUGUUUGUAAUAUCCAAGCCAGUGUUAGCUUUCAGUGUACGACACAGUUUUAACGAGCACAGAAGGGAAAGGAUCGUAUAAUAUAUAAAUAUAUUAAAGUAAAAAUUUAAAUAAAUUAUUCUAUUAAUGUAUGAUAUAUUGAAAGAUAUAAUGAUUAUGCAUCUGAAGUUUAUAAAUUAUUGUCUAUAAUGACUGUUAUACGUUUAAUAGACUUGCCUAGAGCCUAUCUGACCUAAGGACCAAAGGCACAAUCACACGCGCAUCAAAAUAAAAUAAUAUGCUCCUAUGUAUUGUCGUAACAUUUAGUAUAUAGCUCAUUACGGACGCCCCGACGUUGGCACUCCGAUGCUGUUGACGUAAGUUUGCAAUUUAUCCCGCGAAGAAAUAUUUUCUACUGAAUAAACUUGUUGCAUUGUCACCGCAGAUACAAGAUAACUAUCACGAGGAGCGAUAAACGAUAUGUCCACGUGCAUCAGCGAUACACCACGUGUUGUUUUCGAUUGUCGAUAUGUCUAAUACUCUAAUGCAAACGUAAUGUCGCAACGUGUAUAUCGCAUGCAAUAUCAACGCCAUUUAUUAUCGUCUGAGCGUUAACGUGCCAAUGUCGAGCCGAUGCUUUAUAACACACACAUACUUUUGUACAACUUGAUUUCCGUGGACAACGUGACACGUCGAGCAGCCAAGCAUAUUUCCCUCUGUACUAAUCACACGUCCCUCCUUAAUGGCAUAAUAUAAUGGCAUUAAAAACUAUCACUACAAUGGCAUUGCAUGGCGUCGAGAUAUCAAAGAAAACAAGAAAAAAAAGAGACUAUAAUUUACUAUAUAAUAUUGUGUGAUAGAACUAUCAGCGGCAUAAUAAAUAAAAUGUUGCAUCAGAA